AUGCGAAGCGUAGCGCUCUCUGUUAUCGCCCUCGCCGCCUCUGGCGCGUUGGCACAAUCUGACGCUCCCAAGCCGACGUUUACACCUUCCAACAUCAAGGCUCCUUUCGUUGAGCAAUUCACGGAAGACUGGUCAGAACGUUGGACGCCCUCGGAAGCCACCAAGAAAACUCCCGUCGGCGGCGAAACAUUCAGUUACGUUGGCAAGUGGGAGGUUGAGGACCCUGCCAUUUCUGUCAUCGAGGGAAAGAAAGGUCUUGUCGCCAAAAGCAAGGCCGCCCACCACGCCAUUUCUGCCCCCUUUGCGACGCCCAUUGAUUUCAAGGACAAGCCCUUGGUCGUUCAAUACGAAGUCAAAUACCAGAAGGGUGGUAACUGCGGCGGUGGUUACGUCAAACUUCUGGAGGAUGGCUUCCAGACCAGCGGAAAGGAGUUCUCAGACACUACUCCCUGGGUGGUUAUGUUCGGCCCUGAUCUGACGUGUCCCGGCACCAAGGUGCACUUUAUCUUCCGUUAUAAGAGUCCUAAGACUGGCGAAACCGAGGAGAAGCACCUCAAGAUUCCUCCCCGUCCCUCUAUUGAGAAGUUGACUAAUCUCUACACCCUCAUUGUUCACCCUAAUAACACUUAUAAUGUACUCGUCAACGGCGAGAGUGACAAGACUGGAAGUCUCCUUGAGGACUUCGAGCCUUCUGUUAACCCCUCGAAGGAAAUCGAUGACGCAAAUGACAAGAAGCCCGAGGACUGGGUUGAGGAGAAGACGAUCGCUGAUCCUGACGCCAAGAAGCCCGCUGACUGGGAUGAGGACCAACCAUACGAAAUCCUCGAUGAGGAAGCCGUGAAGCCCGAAGGCUGGUUGGAUAACGAACCCCUCAGCAUUCCUGAUCCCGAUGCUACCAAGCCUGAGGAGUGGGAUGACGAAGAAGACGGCGAUUGGAUCGCUCCCACUGUUGCUAACCCCAAGUGUGCUGAAGCCCCUGGUUGCGGUGAAUGGAAACGACCUUUCAAGGCUAACCCCGAAUUCAAAGGAAAAUGGUUUGCCCCCAAGAUUGACAACCCCGCAUACAAGGGCGUCUGGGCUCCCCGCAAGAUCCCCAACCCCAACUACUUUGAGGACCUCACCCCAGUGAAAACUUUGUCUAAAAUUGGUGGCGUUGGAAUUGAACUGUGGACCAUGACUGAGGAUAUCUUGUUCGACAACAUCUACAUUGGUCACUCUCCUGAGGACGCCAAGGCAUUCGCUGCUGAGACCUUCGAGGUUAAGAAGCCUCUGGAGGUCGCCGCCGAGAAGCCAUUGGCCUCUGAUGACGAAGAGGAAGAGAAGCCCUUGUUCAAGGAUGACCCUAUUGUCUGGAUCCGGUCCAAGGUUCAAUCCUUCGUUGAAGCCGCCAAAGUCGACCCUCUCGAUGCCUUCAAGACUCAACCCGAGACUGGCGCUGCGCUUGUUGGUGCCCUAUUCACUCUCUUUGGAAUGCUCGGAGCUCUCUUCGGCAUCAUCGGCGGUGCCUCCAAGCCCGUCGUUACCAAGACGGAUGCCGUUACCCCUGAUGACAAGAAGAAAUCCGAAAAGGCACCUGUGGCCCCUGCUGGUGAUGUAAAGAAGGACGAGGGCAACUUGAAGAAGCGCAAUGUGAAGUAG